AACAGAUUGCCGAUGCCAACAAAAGCAUCGGUGCCAAAGCCGUUGUGUCCAACUUGGCAAUCAUGCUAGGGCUUUCAGUAUGUCCGGACCUCGAGAACUUAGAAUCUAUGUUCAUAUGUGAACUUCUUGAUAGCUUGGACGAUCUUUAUGUUCAAUAUUUGCGCCCUAGGAACCGGGUACGUUGUGGCUUUGGUUGUCGUUGCUCCUGUUCGUGCUCACUGAAAAUCUCGCAAUACAACUACAUCAGAUGGUCUAUGAACCAAAGGUCAAGUACUAUGUGGGUCAGAAGCAACCACCCAGGAUCAAAAACGGUUUCUUCGCAUGGCUACCUCCACUCUUACACACCAAAGAGCCUGAACUUCUUGAGAAGAUAGGCCUUGAUGCCGUCACGUAUCUCCGCUUCCUACGCAUGCUCCGUUGGCUCUUCACGGCCAUCGCCGCUCUCACCGUCGUGGUUCUCGUUCCCAUCAAUAUCUCGUACAAUCUUCGUCAUAACGUAAAGAAUGCUACAAUAUUGACUAUGAUGACUGUUCAAGAUGUGAGGGGUGAUUUGCUGUUUGUCCAUGUGGCGGUGAUGUACAUCAUCACUAUCAUUGUCCUUGGCUUUGCAUGGUACCAUUGGAAGGCAAUCAUUCGUCUUAGACACCAAUGGUUCCGUUCGGAUGAGUACAAGAAAUCUUUCUAUGCUCGAACUCUCAUGGUACUGAAAGUACCCAAGAAACUCCAAUCGGAUGCAGGGUUGCAAUCCCUUUUCGAUUCUUUACGAGUUCCAUAUCCUACGACGGCCGUGCACAUUGGACGGAGGGUUGGCCAGCUGCCUGAGUUGGUCGAGUUGCAUAACCAGGCGGUGAAGGAUUUGGAGCAGGUGCUCGUAACUUAUUUGAAGGAUGGGACGGUGGGCAAGAAACGCCCUACGAUCACUGAUGGAGGAUUUCUUGGCAUUGGUGGGAAGAAAGUAGAUGCAAUUAACUUUUACACCAAUCGCAUCAGGAACAUUGAGGCAGCUGUUGAGGAUUCGAGAUCAAAAAUUGAUCUGAAGAAGGCUGAAAGCUAUGGGUUCGCCUCAAUGGCUUCCGUUGCUUACGCUCAUACCGUCGCCAAGGUGGUGCACCAAAAGAAAAAGAAGGGUGCAGUAAUCACUCUAGCCCCCAAUCCCAAGGACAUUAUUUGGAAGAAUCUCGUCAAGUCGGAUGCCUCCCGUGCCAGAGACCGUACCAUAGGCUUCUUAUUGUUAUGUCUUGUGUGCUUCUUCAACACGAUCCCGCUCACGAUCAUCUCAUUCCUCGCCAACUUGACAUACGUGCAAGCUUAUGUUCCUCUGCUCCAGUCCUGGUCUCAGAAGAGCCAGUGGACCUUCAGUGUCGUUAGUGGUGUAUUGCCUCCAGCGAUUUCUGCGUUCUUUGGCUUCUUUUUACCUAAGAUCAUGCGAAGGUUGUCGAAGUAUCAAGGAGAUCUCACGCGUUCUCGCUUGGAUCGUGCCGUUAUUGCGCGUUAUUAUGGCUUCUUGAUUAUCUCUCAGUUGUUCAUCUUCACGAUCAUCGGUGUUGCCUAUCAAUCGGUGUCGCUCAUCAUUCUUGAGAUUGGACAACACAAGACGUUCGCAGAGAUCAUCAAAAACGUCAGCAAGCUGCCUGGCCAGAUUCAAAAUACUUACAUCCAGCAGUCAGCUUACUGGUUGACGUUUUUCCCAUUAAGAGGUUUCCUGGCGUUUUUUGAUCUGGCACAACUCUUGAAUCUGGUCUGGAUUACGCUCAAGACCCGUAUGUUUGGUCGUACUCCUCGUGACAUCCGGGAAUGGACGCAACCUCAGGUUUUUGAAUUUGCAAUCUACUAUUCGUCAUUGCUAUUUAUGGGAGCAGUCGCAUUCGUUUAUGCGCCUUUGGCACCCCUAGUCGCGGUUAUGGCGGCUGUAGUCUUCUGGAUCACCUCCAUAACGUCCAAGUAUCAACUCAUGUUCGUCUUCAUUUCUAAGGCCGAAUCCGGUGGUCGAUUAUGGAACGUCGCGAUCAAUCGACUGCUGUUUUCCACUAUCUUCAUGCACCUGAUGAUGACACUGACCAUUGGCUUGGUUCAUGGCUGGAGAAGCUACCUAUGGGUGGCGUGCAUUCCCCCAAUGUUCAUGGUUGCUUUCUUCAAAGUUUGGUCAUUAAAAGUUUUCAACGAAGAAUUUCGCUGGUACAUUCCCACCGAGCAAGAACUCGCUGAGAACAAACUCACUAGUGAAAGGGAGCGAAAUGACAACAAGGGUGGUCGACUCUCGAAACGCUUUGGGCAUCCCGCGUUGCAUGCUGACCUCUUUACGCCGAUGGUGCAUGCCAAGAUGGUACACCUGUUACCGCAGGUGUACAGCGGCAGGCUGAGUCAGGAGGAAACUGGGUUACAAGAGUUCGGUGGCGAAAAGGCUUCUGCCGCCGUGGUUUCCGGUGGACUCAAGAUCGCUGGUAUCGAGCAGAGCGAUCUCGAAUAUGAUCCUGCGCUGUACCAACGCGAUCGCGGGGAGCAAGACUGGGAUGCUCGCAGUAUUAAUUCGAACAUGCUGCUGGGCGACGCGGGCCCCGCUGGUGCCCCUGGCCAUACUCCUCGGAUGCGUAGUGCUGAUUUGAAGGGUUACAUGGAACGUGGGCCUGGCAGCCACAUUGAACUCAAUAGACUGGAUUACACGGGUACCACCGAUAGCCUACCGCUUCUCCAGCCAGAUCCUCAAAUACAACACCCGCCACAGCACAUCCGACAUUCGAGCACCUUCGAUUCCAUGGGGACAAGUGCCUCUGGUCGGAUGACGCCAACCCAACCACUGCCAGCGCCUCAUUCAAAUGAUCGGUUCAGAACCGCUCCUCUCCACCGACCUGGACCUCCUUCCAGGGUAUCGUCAGAAGGCCCCCCAUUUAAUAUGGCUGGACGGGGAGCGAGAGGACGACAAUGGUGAAGAUACUGAUACAGCUUUUUUU